AUGUAUUGUGAGCUGAGGGUUGAUUGGGCAGCCCGUCGUAGAGCCCCCUGGCUUACAUAUAAGGAUUUUCUCUGCCUUAUAUCUCCAUGGAUAAUUGAUGUCAAAGUGGAGUCACCUUCUUUUUUUACCCAUACGGGGACGGCUCCCAACAUAGACCUAGCAGACCACAAUGCAUUUGCGACCUCGUAUAAAUGGACCGAGGCGGUAGAGGAGAUUGGACAUGACUUCGAGAAAGCUUUGGCCCCAGGGUUUUCAUGCACGGUAGUAACUAAAAGCCUGGCCUUAUGGGCGAGGAAAGAUGCUCCGUGGCUACCUGAUGGAGACGUUCUGGUUCCUUAUGUGCUAGGUCGGGUUCAACGAAAGAUACUUGCGUUGUUAGCAGUCCGUAUGCUAUUCAAUGUUGAGAGACUGCACUCGUUCGGAUUUGUCUUCAAUGAUGGUCUCGGCGGUCUCUCGCCCAUCCGAGCACGGAUACAGUUUGCAGAAGCUCUAAAUGCGGAGAUAAUGUCUAACAAAUCAAUAGUAGAAGAUAUUAAACUGGCUAAAGGGCCUCUCCAAGGAGAUGCCUCUACGCAGACGCUGGCUUGGGCUACUACUCUAUCCAUGAAGGUCCCGAGAGACACCACCAAAGUACUAGACAUUGACCGAGCUGAAGAGAAGGAUGUCUUCAUUGAAAGGAAGGAAUAUGGCGCAUCAAUCGCUAAUUACAAAACAUUUUCAAUCACGCUCCGUCCCGAUACACUGACCCGUUUUCUGCAACGGUUUUCGCAAACUAAGAAACCCCAAAUACUACAUUGCUUGGAAUACAUUGAAGAUCCCGAGAGGGCACGUUUUGGCUUCAUAUUUCAGAUAUCUUCUCCACGAGUUUCGAUCAUCGAAUCUUACCCUAAACCUCCGCUACUGGAGCACCGCAUCGCCAUUGCAACAAGAAUUACAAGCACACUAUCUGCAUUUCACUGUGUAGGUGACUUCAUGAGGAAUUAG